AUGGAAGAGAAAAAUAUACAUAUGCAACCAAAUAUAAAUUACACCUAUCGUAACCCUAAUAUGUACAAUAUGAAUUACAAUAAUCCUAUAGUCCCCCCACCUCAGCAACAAAUGCAAUUGUUUGUAAAUGAUUGGAAGAGUAUUUUAAGUCCUAUUCAAAAUUGUAAAAUAAAACAACAAUUUGAUGAUAGAGAAUUUGUAGUAUUAUCAUAUGGAAAAGAAAUAAGUAAACCAGACAUUUUAAUGGAAAAAGAUUGUACCUGUACUUUUCUUUGUUUUAAUAGACCUACCAUAAGAAUGUAUGAUUUUUCAAAUAAUAAUAAUAAAGAACUUAUUGGAACUAUUAAAGCUCCAUAUAAGUGUUGCUCUUAUAAUUUUAAUUUAUUUGAUUCUUCUAAUAAUAAAAUUAUGUAUAUGGAUGAUACUUGUUGCCAAAUGAGUAUCUUAUUCCCUUGUCCAUGGGGCCCAUUUAAAUACAGUAACUUUUUUUUACGUGAUGCAAAUUCAAAAGAAAAAAUUGCUCACCUACGUAAAGAAGUACCUUUUCUCAAAUUUGUUAAACGUGAUAUUGAUAAUUAUACAUUGGACUUUGAACAAGUUCAAAACCCUGAAUGGAAAAUGAUGCUUUUAGCAUUUGCUCUCUUCUUAGAUUAUAUGUAUUAUGAUCGUAAAUAG